AUGAGCGGGUUCUGUCGCGCCUGGAUUCCCCAGUAUGGAGAAUUCACCCGUCCCCUCACUGCCAUGACCCAUGACAACGCCCCAGAACAACUCGAAUGGUCUGCAGAGGCACUUGAAGCUUUUGAAUCCAUCAAGCGAGAAUUAAGAUCCUCACCUGCCCUUGGACUCCCUGACUACCGGCUGCCCUUCUCCCUGUUUGUACAUGAAAAUAAAGGGGUAGCUUCAGAUGUCCUCACACAGCCCUUCCAAGGAAGAAACUGUUGGGAUUCACAGGAUGCUGUGUAAGUAAGUCUGCAGGCUUCAGUUUGCAACAGGCUGAUGCAAUACUCUCUGUGGAAGUGCUGGGUCAGAAUGAUUCAGCAGUAAUGUGGUUGGCUGUCACCGGUUUAAAAGUAAAGCCUGUUCAAUAGUAGUAGUGGUGGAGUGUGGAGUCUUCUUUUGCCUCAAGGUGCAGGUACUCUGUCUGAUUAUAUGAACUGCUUCUGUAGAUAUUUGUAUAUAUAUUUAGCUCACAUUAAACAAUACUGCACUAAAGAACCUGGGACUCUGAGCAUUCUGCUAAAAGUGCCGCGAGGAAUUCGUGACAGAAACAGACCUGUUACCUACUAUAGCCUCCAACUAGAUACCACUGCCAUGGGAAAUGUGCCUCAGAGCAGUGGCAGCAGCAGCAGCAGCGUUACUUUUGGAAAAGGCACAAGAGACUGUGUUAGGGCAUGACCUGACUAGAAAUGUCCCUCAUGCUGUAGCCACCCUCCUUAACCUACAGGGGUGCCAACGUUUUACCAUACAAAGACUAAAUAGGUAUGAGGCCAUCCUCCUCAGCCCUUCAAAUGUAACAAUCAAAAGGGUGAAUUCCCUUAACCCCGCAACUCUCCUACCCCUCCCUGAUGACGGCUCACCACAUCAUGAUUGCUCCCAAGUAGUUCGUCACGCUGAGAAACCACGGGAAGACCUAGAUUACCUCCCCUUGGAGGCCCCAGACCUCAUUAUAUAUACAGAUGGGAGCUCAAAGAUAGUGGGAGGAGAGCGUAAGAGUGGCUAUGCAGUUGUGACUGCCACUGACAUCCUAGAAGCACGCCCCAUCCAUGCCAAAUAUAGCACACAGGUUGCUGAACUAAUUGCACUCAUCCGAGCCUGUGAACUGGGGGCGGGACAAAGAAUUACAAUCUAUACAGACUCAAGAUAUUGUUUCCGACUGGUUCAUGCUACAGGGCAGAUUUGGCUCCAAAGGGGUUUCCUGACAGCUGCAGGUACCCAGAUUGCCCACGCGCCCUUAGUCGAACGCCUGAUGAACUCUAUACAUCUCCCCGAGGCCAUAGCCGUAGUGCACUGCAAAGCCCACACCAAAGGAAAGGACCCAAUCUCGGUCGGAAACCGCUGUGCCGAUCAUAUAGCACAGGAAGCAGCCCUACAGCCCCUAUCACCAGAUAACGAAUUCCAAGGAACUCAAAUUCCUUCGGAUGUUGAUUUUGAACAAAUGUAUAAGACAGCAACCGUAGAGGAGCUAGAGGGUUGGAAAGAGCAAGGGGCCUCUUUGCAAGAUGGCAUCUGGUACCUCCCUGAUAAGAGACUCCUAAUGCCUAAACUUUGGGUACCAAAACACCUCAGAAUCUUACACCAGUGUACCCACUGGGGAAGGGACAAACUCAUGGAUACAGUUCAACGCUGCUGGACCAGGGCUAACCCUCACUGCAAAGGCAGCAGUAAAGAACUGCCACACCUGCCAGACUUUCAACCCGAAACAUACUGCUAGAUGCCCUCCAGGAGCCAGACCAUGGGCUUUCGUUCCUGUAGUAAAGUUAGUACUUUCCUAGAAGCUGUUCUUUGGUCAAGUGGAGGGUGAGGCCUUGUGGGAAACCAGUAAGAAUUAUGGGAGCCAUCCUGUUGCUUUAAUCCGUGGGCCCGUUGGCUCCACGGGCGUGAGAGGAUUUCUAUGGGAAAUGAAUUUUCGGGCUAAAUUGAUGGUUUAACACCUGCGUUCAAAGCUAUGAACAUACCCUCUGUAAUGUUAUCUAUCCUUGAUUGCUUGGGAAUGUACAUCUGCCUAAGCUCCACCAGUCUCCAUGGAAAGGGAGGAAACACCUUGAUCUAGGCUGAAGGCUUAAUUGGCUCAGCUGCCACAAGUUAGAAUUAUUAGCCCACCAAUUGGUCAUUGGAGAAUUCAAAUGUAAUCAAGGGGUCUGAUUGGGCCUAGGGGUUUCUGAUUCCACGUGCAAAUUAUGGAUAAAAGAUCUAGAGAAUGGUUUGAAAGCACGCGCUCUGCAAUCCGCAAAAAUCGCCCGGCUGCUGAUGUCCACCAAAGCAGCCGUCUUUCCGUCCUUUUGUUCUUUUGCGUUGAAGAUUUUCUAAGACCUUUGGAUGGGGAUUUCUGAAAGACUCUAACUAUCCUAUCUUUGCCUUAGAGUAUAGAAGUGAGUAUAUAGUCAGCUAUAAUUUACAACGUUCUUAUUUUUCUGUACUUGUAAUUUACCAAAAGAUGUGCCUGCUUAUUAGCAUGUUCUUUAUGUUUUUUAAAUAAAUUUUAAGAAAGAAACUUUCUCUUGUAUUGUGUGUGCCUGUCCGGGGGAAUAGCUAAUUCCAACGCCUAGACUUCUUGGUUGCGCUCUAUCAAAGGAUUUCUGCCUGCAAGCUUGUGGAAGCAACUUGUAGUUUGGGGUAGCCGGUAACAAAGGAGCACAGCUGGCUCUCUUGAGCUGUGGCUUCACGUAACCCUGGGACGAGGGAGUGGUGGCAGCCUUACCAGUACCACUUUGUCCUGUUUCUGAAAAGUAAACGGGUUUGCCAGCCGUGCUCCAGAAACCUGCUCUGGCCGGAGAGCAAAGACAGGUGAGGGAGGGGCAAGGGGCUGGGCGCCCCAUUACUACAGUUCCCUUCGAAAGUUUGCAAGCACAUUUUAUAGACUUGCCCCCCUGCCAGGGCUACAAACAUGCUCUUGUCGUCAUCAAUCAGCUUUCCGGGUGGAUGGAAUGCUUCCCAGCACACCGGGCUACAGCGCAAGUAGUAGCCAAAGCCUUAUUACACGAAAUUAUACCACAUUUCGGAGUCCCAAGGCAUAUAGACAGUGACAGAGGCUCCCAUUUUACAUCAGAUGUAGUUCAACAAAUAGCAAAAGCAUUAGGAAUUAAAUGGAAAUUGCACACCCCUUACCACCCCCCAUCCUCUGGACAAGUUGAAAGGAUGAACCAACAACUCAAGUCCCAGUUGGGAAAACUUUGCAAAACCUCCGGAUUAAAAUGGGUCAAUGCCCUCCCUUUGGUACUACAUAACCUCAGAAGAUGCCCACGGGGGAGCCUGAACCUAUCCCCAUACGAGUUACUCUUCGGGAGACCCUCCCCUGUGUACAGCACCCAAUUUCCUCCUUCUGAACUGGAGGUGGGCGAAUCUGAACUAACCCAAUAUGUAAUCCAGCUCCAGAAGCAAUUGAUUGUUCUCCACAGGUAUGCAGCUGGGAGUCAAAAUAUACCCCUGGACGAAAAUAUCCACUCCUUCCAACCAGGUGACUGGGUAUUGAUGAAGACCUACCACAAGGUGCCGUGGCAGCCCACCUGGGAAGGACCCUAUCAGGUAUUACUGACUACCCCUACUUCUCUUAAAGUAGCAGAAAAAUCGGCUUGGCUCCACCACACCCGCUGCAAACCCGCUCUUCCACCCAACGACGUCACAAACAGAGACGACACCCCCGUGACCCACACCACUCCACCACAACCGGCAGAUGACAACACCGACUCUGAGGAACCCCAACAGAUCGGACCAGUUCGGGGCACGAAUCGAGCCCAACAGACCGGACCAACGCAGGGCACUAAUCGAGCCCAACAGACUGGACCAGCUCGGGGCAUGAAUCGGGCCCAACAGACUGGACCUACUCCACCACCGACAGCGACUGGACCUCCUCCACCACCGGCUGCGACCCACUGGACCUCUGAGAUCGUCCCUACAACAGACAACCGUGAGAGACCCCCGAUACGCCUUCGACUUCAUAAAGCACUGCUUUGA